CUGAUCUUUACAAAGAAUUCAUUUUGUUGAGGAGUGAGGUCCCAAUUGUGCUCACAUUGUCCCUUCUUUAUUUCUUAGCUUUGGCCAACAUGGUCAACUUGUUAUUGGUCUUGCUUCACAUUUCCCUGAGCUUUGUUUUGACUCAAUCAGCACCAAAAGAGUCUCUAAUCACCAAACUUCCUGGCUUCAAUGGUACUAUACCUUCCAAACACUAUGCUGGGUAUGUGACAGUGGAUGAGAUUCGUGGAAAAAACUUGUAUUACUAUUUUAUUGAAUCACAAAGUAAUCCAUCAAAGGACCCUGUUGUUCUAUGGCUUAAUGGUGGACCAGGAUGCUCUAGCUUCGAUGGCUUUGUAUAUGAGCACGGUCCUUUUAAUUUUAUAAAAUCAAAGACUAAGGGAGCUCUGCCUACAUUGCAACUCAAUCCAUACAGCUGGUCAUUGGUUUCCAACAUUAUAUAUUUGGACUCUCCCGUUGGAAUUGGAUUUUCAUACUCAAAGAAUAUAUCUGAUUAUAAAACUGGAGAUAUUAAGACCGCUUUUGAUACACACAGAUUUCUGCUCAAAUGGUUUGAAUUAUACCCUGAGUUCCAAACCAAUCCAUUAUUCCUUUCUGGAGAGUCUUAUGCUGGAGUUUAUGUACCUACUCUUGCUCAUAAAAUAGUGAAAGGAAUUGAAGCUGGUGCCAAGCCCAAACUGAAUUUCAAGGGUUAUAUGGUUGGAAAUCCUGUUACAGAUGACAGAUUUGAUGGCAAUGCUCAGAUUCCAUUUGUACAUGGGAUGGGUCUUAUAUCUGAGAAAAUGUUCCAGGACACAACAAGAGAAUGUAAAGGGAACUUCUAUGACUCACAUAGUCAUAGUUGCUCUCAUAUGUUGACAAAAGUUGACACGGCACUUGGAAAUUUAAACAUAUAUGACAUUCUAGAGCCAUGUUAUCAUGGAGAAACAGAAAAAUUAAAUUCAAAGUUGCCAUUAAGCUUUAGGCAAUUGGGUAAGACUGAUAAACCUUUGCCUGUGAGAAAAAGAAUGUUUGGGCGUGCUUGGCCCUACAAAGUUCCUUUCAAAAAUGGAAUUGUACCAAGUUGGCCACAACUCAUGAGCAGCAAUAAUCAUGUUCCUUGUAUUGAUGACGAGGUUUCUGUUAUAUGGUUGAACAAUCCUGAGGUCAGGAAAGCUAUUCACACUGUGGAGAAAAGUGUUAAGGAGUGGAGCCUAUGUACAAAUAUUGAAUACUAUCAUGAUACUGGGAGCAUGAUUCCAUACCACAAGAAACUUACUUCAAAAGGAUAUCGAGCAUUAAUAUACAGCGGUGAUCAUGACAUGUGUGUCCCAUAUACUGGAACCGAAGCAUGGACAAGUUCAAUUGGUUAUAAUAUUGUUGAUGAAUGGAGGCCAUGGUUAACCAAUGGUCAAGUUGCUGGGUAUACACAAGGAUAUGCCAACAAUUUAACAUUUGUAACAGUAAAGGGAUCUGGACACACUGUUCCUGAAUAUAAACCAGCCGAAGCAUUGCAUUUUUACAGCCAUUUUAUAACUGGGAAGCCUCUGUAAGAAACAUAGAGAUAGAGAGAGUGAGAGUGGGGUUAUAUAAUAUAUUGCUUCGUUAUGCAGUUUCAAAAUGUAUAAAGAAGAGAAGUUAUUUGUAGUUCUUUAUUUGCUUCUCAAACUCAAUAAACAAAUUUGACUUAGAAAAUAAAUACAAUUUUUUUUCUCUUUCAA